AGCCAAAUUCAAACUAAGACUAGAUCCAAUUUCAGCUGCCUCAACAUGCAUAGAAUGCUGCUCUACACCUUGGUAAUCGUUGCCCUUGCUUUGGUUCAGGCCUGCCAAAUCCAUCAUAAUCUGACAUUUCCUGCUGUGGACCAAGUUUCCGACUGUUCUGGCCACCACCUCACUUUUUGUAAUCGGAGUUUGACAAGGGAUCUGCCCACAUUAACCUCAAGCGAUUGGAUGUCUUCUCGGCUUGAACUUUGCUUUUAUGGCAAACCUUUUACGUUGGGGAACUAG